AUGGCGGCAGAAGCUGUGCUAGGAGCUGCCGUAAAAGUUCUACUUCAAAAUUUGAUCUCAGUUUCAGGGGAGCAAAUCAGCCUCGUUCGAUAUUUCAAGAAAGACUUGAAAAAGCUAAGAGAUUCCGUCUCCACGAUCCAGAGUUUCUUGAACGACGCGGAUAAGAAGCAAGUCAACGACGAAGCUGUCAAACAAUGGUUGAAGAAGCUCGAAAGUGUUGCUUACGAUGCGGAUAAUGUCUUGGAUGAGCUCCACUAUCAACAUAAGAAAAUCCGGGCUCAACGCAAAAUGAAGAAAAAGGUACGGGACUUCUUCCCAUACCCCAUUCGCCAUCCCGAAAUUGCACGUAAAAUCAAGAAAAUUAAUAAAUACUUGAAAGAGAUCAACGACGAAGCCAACAACUAUGGCCUUCAAAAGGCAGUGGUGGGUGCAUAUGCACCUGUUGAUGGACCAUUAGGCCCAUCUGCAGGCGUAGAAACUAAUUCUUUCGGUAAUGAUUCGAUUUUUCUUGGAAGAGAAAAUGACGUGUCUGAAAUUGUGAAGAAAGUGACUACUAUUCCAAAUGAUCAAGUAUUCUCUAUUCUUCCAAUUGUCGGGAUGUGCGGAGUGGGCAAGUCAACGGUAGCUAGAGAAGUGUUUGAUCAUGAAACGAUAAAGAGUUAUUUUACUAAGCGUUUUUGGGUGAAUGUUUCUGAAAAUUUUGAUGACGUGAUUCUUUUAAACAAGAUUCUAACAUCCUUAAAGGGAAAACACGUCGAACUUGGAAAUAAAGAAGCUCUUCUUGAAAAGCUUCAAAAAUAUUUGAAAACUAAAAGAUUUUUACUUGUUCUCGAUGAUGUUCGGAAUGGUAGUCAGGAAAAAUGGGAUGAUUUUAUUAAUUCAUUGAGAAUAAUUAGUUAUGGGACAGGAAAUGGCAUUAUUGUUACUACGCGACUUGAAAAUGUUGCUUCCUUGGUCAAAACACUUCCUAUUCACAGACUAAAUAACUUGUCAGACGAUGAGUGUUGGUCCAUAAUCAAAGCAAAAGCUGUUGGACAAGGUAAUAUUCCAUCAGAAUGUAAGCAUGUUGGAUUAUCUAUUGCAAAACGAUGUCAAGGUUUGCCGUUGGUAGCCAAAAUGGUUGGAGGUUUGUUGCAUGAUAAGUCGGUUGACGAGUGGCAGUCUAUUGGAAAGGAUUGGCUCUCGGAAUUAGGAGAUGAAAAUUCAAUUUCCAAGAUUUUAAAAUUGAGUUUUGAUCAUUUGUCGUCACCAUCACUAAAGAGUUGCUUUGCAUACUGUUCGAUAUAUCCUAAAGGAUUUCACUUGAAUCGGGAACGCUUGGUGGAGAUGUGGAUGGCAGAGGGAUUUCUUGGAGGAAAUGAUGAUAUGGAGAUUUUGGGCAACAAAUUUUUCAAUCAACUUUUAGAGAACUCCUUGUUGUUACAAGUUAUGAGGAAAAACGACUAUUAUUACAUGCACGAUCUUGUGCAUGAUCUUGCAUCCUCUAUUUUAAAUUCAAGCGACCAAGUUCGGUACAUAGGCUUCCAAUCAAUUAAUGGUGACUCGCGUGACAUCUUAAAAGAAAACGCAAGUUAUCUACGUUCGUUACUGCUCAAUGAUAAAAUGUGCGCUCUCAUGUUCUCCGAGUUCAAAUCCCUGCAUGUUUUAAUUCUGAUACACAAUUUUCGUGAAGAGUUGCCAAGUUCGAUCGGAGAGCUAAUACAUUUAAGAUGUCUCGACAUUUCAGGCACCGUAAUUAAAUGUUUGCCGAACUCUAUCGGUGAACUCUAUCACUUGCAGACGUUAAGAGCACCUAAGGUUUUGAAGAAGCUUCCAGACGUAGUGAAACACUUGAUUAGCUUAAGACAUCUCCACAUUCCUCAAAUUGAAUUACCUCCAGAGAUGGGAAGAUUAACUUCUCUUCGAACACUACCGUACUUUGGAGUGAGCAAUGAAAAGGGUUAUGGAAUUGGUGAGCUCGGAAGCUUGAGUCUCCAAGGGCAACUGAAGAUUUAUAAUCUUGAAAAGGUGCACGACAAAGACGUGGCUAAGAGUGCAGAUCUAUUACGAAAGCCAAACAUAUUGAAGUUAACGCUUGAGUGGAGCUCCGUAGUAACGCUUGAGUGGAGUCCCGGGAAUAGAGACAACGAGGGUGUGUUGGAAGGUCUCGAACCCCACCCAAAUUUAAGGAGCUUAUACGUUUGUGGAUUCAGAGGAAGAUUUCUACCAUCAUGGUGUUCAAUGCUUAAUAAUUUAACGGAGAUAGGUCUUGAAGAUUGCAAAGACUGCGAACAAGUUCCAACGCUAGGGCACUUGCCACAUCUCAAGAAUCUUUAUCUGAUUAACCUGAGGAAAGUGAAAUCCAUAGGUUCGUCUUUUUACGGAAUUGAAAAUUGUAGCACGUCCGGUAAUACAAUUACUGUAUUUCCGGCGCUUGAAAGGCUCGAGUUGGUAGAAAUGUGGAGGCUGACAGAGUGGUUAGAAGCAGAGUUGAUGCCAAAUCCAACAGAGAAUCGACGACAAUCUGAUCAAGUGGUACUCGUGGUAUUUCCUUGCCUUGAACAUUUGAUGGUGAAAGAUUGCGGGCAACUGAAGAGUGCUCCUAGUCAUUUUCCAUGCCUGAAAGAAUUGGUGAUUUAUAAAAUGCAUAGAGGAUUACCUUUGUGGAAUAUAUGCGGGAUCAAAUUAUUCUCGCUUACAAUACUCCGAAUUGAUUUAAUUAAUGGCUUGGUGUGUCUCCCAGGUUGGUUAUUCCGUAAUAAUAAAAAUCUCUCGGAGUUGUGGGUAUCGUGUUGUCCAAAACUGAGAGAAUUACCGGGUGAUCUACACAACCUCACUGCUCUCGAGAUAUUGAGUAUAGACGAUUGUCCAAACCUGAAGACAAUAGCAUAUCGACACGAGUCAGACAACGAGAAAUUGUUGGGAUUGAGUUGCCUUCGUCAAUUGAGCAUUACUAACUGCGGAGGGCUAACCCAUUUAGCAAGUGAAAUGAUAGAGUCGUGUGCACCGUCCAUCGAGAAGGUCGAAUUGCGUUAUCUGAGCAAUUUAAGGGUUCAUAUGGGAAUGCUGAUCGGUAGUUUGCAGAAAAUGUCUCGUCUGUCGGUGUUGACAAUUUGUGGUGUUAAGAUGAUAAGCGCUGAUGUUACGGUAAACGUCACGGCCAAAUAUCUUCGUAUAUUACAAUUGGAGGGGGUGGGGCAUAGUGGGGAACUACCGGAUCAGAUUCAACAUCUCACUGCCGUUUCUUCGCUGUACUUGAGUUAUUUUGGGGAGAUGGAAGAAUUGCCCGAAUGGAUUGGGAACAACAACAACUUGUCCUCGUCUCUGCGGAUAUUAUCGCUAUGCCACUGCAACAAGUUGCGUCGUCUGCCGUCUAAGGAAGCCAUGCUACGUCUCACCAAAUUAACCAAGUUAUGCAUCUCCCGAUGUCCGAUGUUAAACGUCAAAUCUGAGUGGCCCAAGAUUUCGCAUCUCCCUUACGUCGAAGUGGAACGACGGCAAAUUCCAACUAAUAAGGCAUAUAUACAACACAGAUAA